ACUGGCAGAGAAGAUGGAGAGCUCGUCUCUUAAGUCUGAGUCUUCUGUUACUGUUUUGCAUUAACCUCACAACAAGACCUUCCACGGCUGCCGCCACAGAUGAUCAGAAAGAAACACGAAUAUCAGUGAAAGUGGGUGUCAUUCUUGAUCUCACUUCAGAACUUGGUCUCUUGGCUCACAACAGCAUCACCCUUGCCGUUGAAGAUACAGCAACCAAGAUCGACCUUAUAGUCUGCAAUAUUUCUCAGAACGACGUCGUCACUGCGGCAGAACAAGCUCUCGAUCUGAUACAGAAAGUGAAAGUGCAAGCCAUCUUGGGGCCCCAAAUUCAGAGCAAGCAAGGUUUAUAGUGAAACUUGGUAAGAAACAUAACGUGCCUGUUAUUUGGUUUCCCAUAACUGGUCCGUCUCUCUUGCCACCUCCAUCGCCAUCCUCCAUCCACUCCCAUCAAGGUCUUAAUUGCUUUCAGUUCCAUGCCAUAGCUUCCAUUAUUAAAGCUCUUGGGUGGCAAUCAAUCGUCCCCAUUUAUGAACAGACUGAAUAUGGCAGUCACCUUAUUCCAUGCCUCACCAACGUCUUCAAAGAAAUGGGCAUACGAAUGUUUAACGUCACUUCCAUUCGUCCAAUUAUUUCAUCAGAUUUAGAUGGAAAAAUUAACAGAACUCUUUAUCAAGAAAAAAUUAACAGCACUCUUGACAAGUUAAACAACAUGCGAACACAUGUAUUUCUUGUCCAUAUGAGCAUGGAUCUUGGGACAACAUUUAUUAGGUCUGCACAAAGAAAAGAGAUGAUGGGUGAAGGAUACGCAUGGAUACUCACGCAAGAGCUAUCUUCUUUGACAGAGCCUCUGGUUAAGGUUACGAGAACAUUGAUUCAUAAUGCAGGCCUACCUUCGGAAUAUUAUACGAAUUUUACGGAUUCAAUUCGUUUGAAGCGCUUCAUGCAAGGUGCGUUGGGAGUGAAGCCAAUGGAUUCCAAUAAAUCAAAAGAGCGUAGGGAGAAAGAGAAGAAUUUCAGGGAGAGGUUCAAAAGCACCCUAACUAUCUAUGGGUGGUGGGCUUAUCACACAAUCGAGGCAUUGGCUAAGGCAGUACAGAAGACAAGCACAGACAAAGGCUCAAAACUUCGCGAUAAAAUUUUGGCUACUAACUUCAAAGGCUUGUCUGGGAUCAAUUUUAGUUUUAGAAAAGAACAGCUAGAUCAAUCGGUAUUUGAAGUAUACAAUGUGAUUGGAGACAGAGAAAGGAUUAUCGGAGCUUGGAGCCCUGAAACAGGACUUGUUCAAGAUUACGGUAAAGUUGGUGAUGAGACAUCUGGUGAAUACCGACUAAAGGAUGCGCUGUGGCCGGGUGACACGAUGGAUAAGCCACCUAAGCUGAGAAUUGGAGUCCCAAGAACAAAUUCUUUUCCUGAAUUAGUGAAUGUAGGUAAUUCAAGUAAUACGACCAAGUUUGAUGGCUUUGCUAUUAAUGUGUUCUUAAAAGCGGUCGAUGUUUUGCCAUUUCCGUUAAACAAUUAUGAGUUCGUUCCCCUGCCGAACGAAAUCAGCAAUGCUAACAUGACCUACGAUAAUAUUCUCUACAACCAAACGAAAAUCGAGGAGCUUGACGCUAUAAUCGGAGACAUCACAAUUGUAGCAAGUCGCACAAAAUGUGUUGAUUUCACGUUGCCGUACUUGGAUUCAAGUGUAGCCAUGCUGGUAAAGGUGAAGAAUGUCGCCACAAGUAGGGGGAUCCUCUUCAAACCUUUCCAUUGGUCACUAUGGUUAAUUCUUGGUGGGAUUUUUGUGGGUGCAACUAUUAUCAUAAUUGUAUUAGAAAGAAACAAAACAAAGGAAUUUCGCUUCAACCCCUUUCUUGUUUACAAGAUCGAUGUUAUGGAGAGUUUUGCAAGCAACGCUGCGGGGUGGAUGGUGAUACUGACGUCAUUCCUGUUCAUCUUAGUAUUGCAAGUUUACACAGCGAAUUUAACUUCAAUUUUAACAGAAGGAAAACUGAAAGAGCCUUCAUUUAAGGACGAAAAAGAGAUUAUUAAGAGGAGCAAUCUGAGGGUGGGAUAUCAGAGAGGGUCGUGGGUGAGAGAGCUUCUGAUUGAGCAAAUAGGAUUCAUGGAGUUUCAGUUAAAGGGUUUACGAAGCCGUGAAGAGUACAGUGAAUCAUUGUGGAAAGGAACCGAGAAAGGAGGAGUGGAUGCUAUUUUUGACGAAACUCCUUAUCUCACGCUCUUCCUCUCCAAAUAUAAAUCUCGUUUUAUGAUGACAGGAUCAAUCUACAAAACUGGUGGAUUUGCCUUUGCAUUCCCGAAGAAAUCGGGCUUGGUCUCGCAUUUUUCGAAUGCAAUCUUAAAUGUGACUCAAGAUGUGGAGCCAUUUCGUGUCCUGGUGGCCAAGAGCUUCUUGCCCACCUCCAUUGAAGAUUUGGAAUUUCAAGACCAAGGUGAUAUAGAGACGACAAGUUUGAGCAUAGCCAACUUUGGAGGGCUUUAUCCUGUCCUAGUAUCUGUUGCUGCUCUCUUAUUGGGCCUUUCCAUUCUGAAUCCAUCUGUGAUUAAGUGGUUUCGUCGUGAGAAGCUGCUUUCAGUUUUAAGUUCGCUAAACAAAAAGAAGGAACACAAUUAAAUAAGAUGGUAUCCUUGUUUUCCAGAUUUCUUACAGGACUUGAGGUCUUUGACCUCU